AUGCCGGCGGGGUCGGCACCGCCGCGGAGGAACGCCAAAGGCGGACUUGACACCGUUGGCAGUUUGUGGACCGCAGAUAACCCCCAUGUUGCCGAUCUCGGUAGAUCCGCGGGCGAAUAUCAUGAUGAUCUGCUUGCAACCGCCAUUGGUGAACUCCUUGGCUGUGGCACCGACUCGGCCUGCGAGGAGCUGGCGAUUCUCAAGGACGCCAGUAGGGCUGGCAUAGGCCAGGGUGGCGACCAAAAAGCAGAUGAAAAGCAUCUCAGAGCAUCCAAUAAGUCGGGACGACGACGACCUUAAG